UGUCUGAGGCAACAAUUAGAUGAGUGAGUUCAUGAAGUUCUGGAUGAGAAUUCUGUCCCUACUGGCAGUGAUGGCUUCAGGGAAAGACACUUGUCCUAUCCUACCUAAACUUGCCAACAGCUGUUCUGAUGAGAGUUCACAUAAACCUUCUAAUAAGUCUACUGAGGUUCAUUUGCCACGGUUUUCAUUAAAGCAAGGGAUGAUCCCACGACAUUACAUUAUGCCUUGGAAAGAAAACAUGAUAUUCAGGAAUAUGAAUCUGAAGCAUGCAGAAGUGCGUGGGAUCCAUGCUGGCCCUUUAGAAGACUCUCUGUUUUUGAAUCACAGUGAAAGGCUUUGCCACGGGGAAGAUCGAAAAGUUGUCUUGAACAAAGGCCCACCAGAAAUAAAAAUUGCAGAUAUGCCUCUGCAUUCACCGCUCUCCAGAUACCAAAGCACUGUGAUUUCCCAUGGCUUCAGGAGGCGACUGGUCUAAGGAUGGAAGAAUAAAGUGCCAAAGUAUUUAGA